GAUUAGAUCGCAGUACGAUUUGCGCAGAGUACAACAACCGGAGUUUGGGACACACAUUUUGGAUUAUGGCAAUUGAAUUGUGACUCGGGGACAUAAACUAUAGUGUGCAGAGUAGUGUAACAAUGUCGUCUUACUGUGCGUUGAGGGAUACGUCGUUCGACGACUUUGAGGAGUACACCUCCGAAGACAGUGGAUUCGAGAAGAGCUUGGAGUCCAACAGUGAUUUGUCGUUUUGUUUCGCGCCGCGCAAACUGGACUUUGAGGUGGGACCUGUGGUGCCUCCAGUGCCGCCGUUGGUUCAGGAUGUGCCGCCACCGGCACCGAAGAAGCGCGGCCGAAAAUCUCUGAAGGACAAGCAGUUGGAGCUACUGUCCGCGGAGUUCAAACCCAGCUUGGGCGUCCAAACGUCGACACCAACCAAACCAUCAUCCGAAGAUUCAAAACCGAAGCGCAAGUACGCGAUGGGGAAGAGUCGCAUCACGCGGAACCGAAGUCCUACCCAGGUCGUCAAGAUCAAGCGGUUCCGUCGACUCAAGGCAAACGAUCGCGAGCGCAACCGGAUGCACAAUUUGAACGAGGCGCUCGAGAAGUUGCGCCUAACGCUGCCGACCUUCCCCGAGGAAACCAAGCUGACCAAGAUCGAGACGUUGAGAUUUGCCUACAACUACAUAUUCUCACUGGUUCAAGUACUCGAACUGGACGAUGACGUCCAACUGGAUCUGGAGAAGCUCCAAAGCCUCACGCUGAGCGGCGAACGCAUCAACAAGGAGCUGUUCGACGCCAUGUUCAUAAACCCUCCGCCGCACUUCACGGAGCCUGGCUACGGAUGCAACGCCGACUUCUACAGCAGCAUGCACCAGUACGGCGUCACGAUGAACCAACCUGCAGGCUACGAUCCCCGCGGCUUUUCCAACCAAAACUACCAGAUGUUCCGAGGUGCCUUCGAAGCGGCCUACAACGGCGGUGCCCCCAAAACCCUCAACCACACAUAUCCACCAGCAAGCUACCACCACCAGGAAGUUCAACCUCCCGUCUACAACGCAGAAUACUACAGUACCCAACCCCAACCCAACGUAAUCCCUCCAAACUUCAACAACCCCACAUCCUACCCCACUCCGGACUGCUCCGUAAAUCCGUCAAUACCAACGCUGCAGUCACCUCAACAGCAGAACAUGCACUACAACAGCAGCUUCUACAGCCAGACUCCGCCGUGGUCCGAGACUUCCGCCUACAGUGACAGUGGCUACACGGCAGAUCACUGCAGGAAGUCUCUGCCAUUGCAGGCGCCGCCGCCUUGCCAGGCGUAUCCGCUGUAGAGUUGUGGGCGUGUUUUAAGCUAUUGACGUUCUGUUAGGUUUGCAAGAAUCAGUUGACAAGUUAACAAGUGCAUGACGCAAUUUCUGGUGAUAAACUUUGAGUAUGUGAGCUAGUGAAAUUAUAUGAUAGAUUUUAAACAAUAUUUCUUUAGAGUGAAUUGAAAGGUUUUGCAUUCUUGAUGCAAGAGAUCGAGCGUGAAAAACAUUUUUAUUCAAAAUAGUGAUGUUAUGCAAAUUGCUUCAUAUCAAACUAUUGCAAGAAAUCUUCAAAGCUAAUAGUUUGAUAUCAAUCAAAUUCAGUAAAAACCUAAAAUUUUCACGUUGAUUCGUGGUCAACGAAUCAACUUGAAAAUUUAAACGCAGUGCCAUAAAUGAAAACCUCAUAUUAUCAUACAAGACUUAUUGGAACUACUAGUCACACUAGACCAAUUCAAUACCUGUAAAUAUAUAAAAUUGUUAAAUGAACACUUUUGCACGCAAAAGUCUUCAUUCAAUGAUUGAUGAUGCCUCUGACCAUUGUACAAAAGUUCAGUAAUAGUUUUACAGUUGUAAGUUAAGGAGAACGUUUUGAUAUGAA